UCUGCGAGUGAUCUCUGACCACACGCUGUCUGGUACUAACAUAGCCUGCUGCAAGAGGCUGCUCAGGAGAAAUGGAAAAUCUACUGAAGCUGUGUCUCUUUCUUCUCUGCUUUGAAACUGCUCUCACUCUACAGUGUGUACUGUGUAAGUCUUACAAAAACAGGAAAUGUGUUGAUGGGAAUCAGACAUGCACUGCACAACCUAAUGAAGUCUGUAUUAUCCGCAGAACCUGGUAUGCAUCUGAUUAUGAGAAUUUGCAAAGUGCAGAGUCUGGGUGCAAUGAAUCGUGUGAACUAGAUGAAGAGUUUUCUGAUGGUCUAACAAUACACACGCAGUGCUGCAAUGAUGAAGAUUUCUGUAAUGACAUCAAUUCACCAAUUAUGAUGAGUUGAGGUGUGAAGAUGCAUGUCAAUUUUUCAAAAAUCCUCAUAUCAAAAUAUGUACGCUGUGAGCUCAUUUCUCUAAGAUCUCCUUUAAUAAAUGAAUGUUUUUAUAAAAAUAAAAACUAAGUGAAAUAUGCAAUUUAUGUUAUUAAUUAUUUAGACAGUCUAUGUCAAUAAAUCUUGCU